GCUCCAGGCAUUCGGAAUUUACAUUUUCCGGGCUCUUGCUUAACGCUUAAUGCUUAACACCUCAACACGCGGACACACCCCGCGAAACGAGCUCUUCAUUAAUUUCCACAUAAAUUGUUGUAUAGAAAUGUUAUGCCACGCGGAGCGUUAAGUGUGAUCUGGCCAAAAGAGGGGCGGAAGCGAAAAGGGGGCGGGGCAGGAGCUGCCUUGCGGUCGUGGCAGAAGGACAGGCGCCUCUAAUGGAUUUUUCAAAUAUCGCCAACUGCUGUGCUCUUAAUGAGGACAUCCCUGGCGACAUUGUUCGAUUGACACACUUUCAGUGAAUGUGGCAGCUUUAAUUGGGGGAGUUUGAGGUCCCUGUGGUUUUCGGAUAUCGCACUCCAUUUAUAAUUAAUAAUAUCAAACAAAGUUUUCCUUUUUUUUAAACGCUUUAGACAAGGUAACGCAAUAACUUCCAAGAAAACUGAGGAGAAUAAACAAAAGGCGCAGCUUUUUGUGUUCCUAGAAUAAAUCAAUACUGCAGAAUGUAAUACUGACAAGGCAAUAAAUAGUCGUAUUUCCCCUGGCAAAACCUCUAGACUUCACUCAAAAAUGGAGCUAAGUCGGUUCGUAUUCGUAGCACUACUCCACUCCUUCUUUCCCCUUGAAUGCAGCAAGUUGGUGGAUUUUUGCCAGUUGCCCUACUGUGGAGCAAAUAACCUAGCCUGCAAUAAUCCAUCUAAGUUGAGCAUCAUGUGUCCACCGAAUGCCAGAACUCUUUCCAUGUCGACCUACCGAAAUUCAUUGCUGAGUGCCUUCAAUGAGUUUCGCAACUUCACGGCGAGCGGAAGGCAAAAGUAUCUUAAGGCAGCGGCGGCACGAAUGUCCCGAUUGAGUUACUCAGUGGAACUGGAGAACCUAGCCCGACUGGCGGUCAUAACGUGCUCCGCGCACAAGUUCUGCCUGAGCUCACCGGAAUUCUAUUACGUGGGCACCAAUACAGGAUCAACCUCCUAUUCGGGUAGCUUAAACGACUACGAGGACCUGGAACUCAUGUUUCGGACUAUCCAGGAUUGGACCAGAUAUGCCGACUACAUCAACAUUAAAAUGGGUCUCUAUAUGCCGAAUACUUUGGAGAAAAGUGAAAUAGCAAAAGCCCUACUCCUGAUGACGGAUCGGAAUACCCAUGUGGGCUGUUCGGCCAUGAGACUCAACGUGCACUUCGUCCACAACUUCAUCUUCUUGUGCGCCUUUAGCACCGAUCUUCUCGUGGAGCGUCCCAUUUACCGGAUGUCCAGUAAGCCAGGAACUUCGUGCCAGCGCUUGGAUGCCACAUACUCAGCACUGUGCGCUGUUGGGGAAAACUACGACAACAAUAAGCCAGUGGCGAAUGCAAGGGUUUUCCAGAUACCCCUCGAUAUGUCCAUUGGUCGACAAGCUUAUGUGCCAGCCACAUAGACCGAGCUUUAAGUAAAAUUUUAAAUUCGCACAGCAGAAAUUAGUUUUUGUUUCUCGAGUUUUUUUAGAGUGCCGAUGGCCAGACAAAAGUACACGCCCCUGGAUACCCGAGCCAAAUCAGCGCACAAAAACAAAUAGUUAACACCCAGACAUGGUCAUGGAAAGGAGCAAGGAGGAGGAGAGAAGGAGGAGCACCAGCAGCAGGAACAGACAUUUCAGCGCAGCCUCGAUAAUCACAGGACACAUUUGCAUAUAAACACGCUUCCGGGCUGAUGUCCUUCGCAUGCAAAUGAAAACAUUAGCGAGGCACACGCGCAUUCGCAUCCGCAUCUGCGAAAUGCAGAUACAAGGCCAGGGACAGAUACAGAUACAGAUACAUUUACAGAUACAAAUGACAUUCGUCGUUGUAGCUGUCGCCGUCGCAGUCGCUGUUGCCUCUUCCCUGCUUAAAUAUAUAUUUCAAUUAAAAUUUUACACACGAAUAAAUGCAAAGCCACGCCCAGCA